AUGGCAGUGAACGAGGGCCUAGCUAUUGGCCUUUCUCUUGGGAUAGGCAUCCCUCUCGCCAUCUCGUUUAUAGUAUUGGCUGUGGUUUAUGGUCGUCGCAGACAUCCAAAACUGCCUCAGCCUGAUGCUUGCCGAACUCAGAAUACUGAAAACUGGCUCGAUCUAUACCGCGCAACUCGUCCACGCUCCUUUGUGGAGAAGAUCUGCAGUAUCUUGGAGUCCCUCAGGGUGCUCAGGAAGCCCAUAGUUCAGGAGGUAUAUAUGAUGGAGGAUGGGGCUAAGGUCCCGAAGUGA